GGCUUUUUGGCGCCAUCCUCCACGGCUCCUUUACUGAACACAAGUGUUUUCUCCAGGUCGCUUCUCACUCCCCCCUUUUGAGCUAAUACUCUAUUAGCUAAGACAGAGCCUGCCUGUGUCUUGAACGCUUGAGCCAACAUGGCGCGAAAGCCCCGCAGCGCCAACCUCACACACGAACAGAAGCGACUUAUCUGCCUGCAUGCGCGGCAGUUCCCAAAGACGACGCAGACGCAGCUGGGCCAUUGGGCCAAGGAAGAGUUCAGUCUCGAUUAUGUGCCGUCGCAGGCGGCCAUGAGCUACUUGCUCAAGAAGCGCACUCAGUUCGAGCUCGUGGCGGGCGAAGGUCGCGACUACAAAAAGAUGCGCACCGUCAAAUGCCCCGAGGUGGACGCAGCGUUGGCCAACUGGUUCCUAUACUGCCAGGUCAGAAGAUUCAAGUUGCCGGGUGACCUGGUGCGCCACAAAGCUCGUGUAUUCUACGAGCUGCUGUCCCCGCAGUUACACCAGAGCGUCACGAGUACGCCACCACAGUUCUCCAAUGGAUGGAUGCAUUGUUUCAUGAACAGACAUGGCUUCUCUCUUGGCAGAGGCAGCAAAGGAACACGCGCACCGCGUGUACAGGAGGACUCGGACGGCCGAUCGAAGUUCGCACCAGAAACUUCAGUCAUCUCUACUCCGGAUCAUCUCAAGGCCGCCGUAAUGGACGUACUGCCCGAAAACGUCUACUGGUUGCAUGAAACGCGGCUAUUCUACGCCAUGAGCCUCGACAGGCAGGCGCUACCGACGGGUCAUCACCCAGAGAAGAAGUUAACUAUGCUCCUAGCAGUAAAUGCUGAUGGCAGUGACAGACUGAACCCGUACUUUGUGGGGCCGCAUCCGUUGCCGAUAGAUCCAAAUGCAAACGCAGAGGAAAAGCCCUUCCAGUUUACUUGCAACCACAAGGCGUGGAUGCCGCCGAUGCUGCUGCAAAAGUGGAUGCGUGCAUUGGAUUGGCAGAUGCGCGUCACUGACCGUCAUAUUGUGCUCAUUGUGGACUCGGUAUCUGCCAUGACUGUGCAGAAGUUAACACUCACGAAUGUUAAGAUGCAUUUUGUGGAGCGUAACCACGCUGGAGAGCUGUGUGUGCGGCCGCUGGAGAUGGGGAUUGUGUCAUCGGUUAAGCGCCGUUAUCGCCAUCAGCUCUUGGACUACGCUCUUGACCGACGAGAGGAAGGACAGCUCGAUAUUUAUGACGUUCCACUGCAAAAGGUGGUCGAGUGGGUGGCACGAGGCUGGCAACAGAUCCCGCGCUCUCGUAUCAUGGCUGCGUUUGCUAGUGUCGGUGUACUGGUGACCACAGAGAACGGAGCUGAAGUAAUUCCAGAUAACCGCGCUGAUGAUAAGCUGGAUGCACAGAUUCAAGCGCUACUGAAGCGUCUGAAGCUCGUUAGUCCCAUGCGAUUAAUUGAAGUGGUGGCUCCUAGUGCUGAAAAAGCCUGUGAUGAAGAUUUAACAGAUGCGGACUUUGCUGAGUCGGCACUGCAUACGACUCAAGGCUCAGUGGGUAUGAAAGUCAGCCCUGAAGAGCUAACGCGUCACGUGGCAGCUACGGCAUCAGCUAACUCGUCGGGUUCGUCGACUCCGUUCGAAUCGGGACCUGGUUUCGACGGCUUAGAUGACUCGUGGUUGGAGUGGAAUGCAGCCCAACGUGCGACGAUAGCCGCUCUUCGACAGCCUAUUAGUGAUCUGGAGGCGGUACAGACGACUAUCCGCUUGGCUACCGAGAUGAACUGCGAUCCGGUUGUCAUGAUGGAGCUUAACCGGAUCCAGAGUGAAGUGGCUAACCGCGAGCCGAACUCAACCAGCUCCUCGACUGCUACAAACCAAUCAAAUGCUCGGGGAAAUACCGCGAUCUGCCAGUUCCGCUUUGGGGCCCCUACUCGGCGUCUGCUAUAAGCAGUGUAGCAACUUUUAACAAUCACUCGAUGUGCAUGUGGUCAUAAGAAAAAUUCGUAGCCAUGCUCGCUUCAACUUGUAUUUCAUUGGUCAAAACUCUUGAGUAAAGAUUUUUUUCUUC